AUGGCGGGCCCACGCAACAGCGCGCCGCUCCCCUCUUCUUUCGAUGAAAAUGUCGACUUCUAUAAUGAAAACACCCUUGACAAGAUGUGGCGCCGUUUCCGCGAAGAACCCCUCAUUCCCUUCGGCUGCGGUCUCACAGUAUGGGCCAUUGUAGGCGCGACACGAUCGAUGCGCAAGGGCGACCAUAAGAUGACCAACUUGUAUUUCCGCCGUCGUCUAUACGCUCAAGGCUUCACAAUUGCAGUCCUCGUCGCAGGUAACCUAUACUGGCAAAAGGAUCGCGUGAAGAGGAAGGACUACGAGAAGCAGGUAGCUGAGAAGGAGAGGAUGGAUAAGCGAGAGAGAUGGCUGAGAGAAUUGGAGAUGCGUGAUGAGGAAGACAAGGAAUGGAAGGACAGGAUGGCGAAGAGGGCGAGAGGUGUACAAGAGGAGAUCAAGGGCGUCACACAGCAAGUCGCGGACAAGACACAAGAGUUGAAGGAUCAGGUGGUCGGAAAGUAA